UGCGCAGUGAGUAACCGGUUUUAGGGACGGAGGUGAGGGAUUGGAUGAUAACUGUUGAUCCUGGUGGGGGUGCACAGUAGUCAAAAUGGCGCCGUCCAGGAGUCCCUUGCUUCCUUUAAUAUUUGUGCUGUUGUGGUGGGGGUCUCCUGAGAUCCGAGGACUAUGGAGAAAUGUGAGGACCAUCACGGACAAGAACUGGAAGGAGCUGCUGGAAGGGGAAUGGAUGAUUGAAUUUUAUGCUCCAUGGUGUCCUGCUUGUCAGAACCUUCAGCCAGAGUGGGAAGAUUUUGCUGAGUUGGGGGAAGAUCUUGAGGUUAACAUUGCAAAAGUAGAUGUCACAGAGCAGCCAGGUCUAAGUGGUCGUUUUAUUAUAACUGCACUUCCCACCAUCUACCACUGUAAAGAUGGAGAAUUUAGAAGAUAUCAAGGUCCCAGGACUAAGGAGGACUUCAUAAAUUUCAUAAAUGACAAACAGUGGAAGACUAUUGAGCCCAUUUCUUCAUGGUUUGGGCCAGGUUCUUUUCUGAUGAGCAGUAUGUCGGCUCUCUUUCAGCUAUCUAUGUGGAUUAGGACUUGCCAUAACUAUUUUAUAGAAGACCUUAAAAUACCAGUUUGGGGAUCCUAUACAAUUUUUGCCUUAGCAACUCUGUUCUCAGGCCUAAUAUUAGGACUUGUUAUGGUUUUUGUGGCAGACUGCCUUUGUCCUUCAAAAAGGAAUAAACCACAGCAGUAUCCUUAUUCAAAAAAAAUUCUUCCAGAAUCUGCCCUUCUUUUGAAAAAAUUGGAACAAGAGCAAGAAGCAGAUGAAGAAGAUGUUUCAGAUGAUGAGCUGGAGAACGAAAAUCCAUCAAAGAAAGACUUUUCGCAGACUGCAAUGAGACAGCGUGUUUUUAGCCCUCUUUCAAUAGUGGAUAAAUCUUAGUUUGUUUUUAGUUCAUUUAAAAAUUAUUAUUUUGAAAAAACUAUGAAGAAUGAUAACCUUUUAUUUUGAAAUAACUGACAUACAUUUGUAGCAUUUUAGAUAUCCUUUAAAUAGACUCAACAGUUUACCUUUAAAAAAUAGUAUUACCAUCUUUAAUGGAAACCUGGAAUAGGCUUUAAAAACAGUUGGUGACUCAACCAGUUCUUCAAGUAAAAGAACCUGUUGUCAAGCAAUAAAAAAAAUGUCUUUUUUUCUUCAAUAAUAGUUUGUUUCUAAAUAUAAAUUGAGAAUUAUAGGUCCACUUUAUUACCUUCUGCAAGAAUUUAAAGAGUUUAUGCUAAUCAAUUUAUCCUAGAGAAAACAUUUGUUAUUUAUGUAAAAUUUCUGUUUCAUUAUUGGAAAAAAUUAAGGAAAACUUUGCCUUACACAAGAAUUUUUGGGUGUCUAUUUUGCAUAAACUUUUAUCUUCUAUAGUGAUGUAGGCCAAAUUUACCCCAUGUCUACAUUAAUGUUGUUAAUGAAAGUGACUGCUGUUAAUUAGAGUACUUUUUAUAGAUAAUUUUGAUUUUGAAUAGGUGAAUUCUAUGUUGUGUUUUAAUUUCCCUUAAUGGGUAGUGAUCAUGACUUUUUUUUUGUUCUUUUCUGUAAAGUUAAAAUAUCUACUUCUGCAUAAUAUAUCUUUUAUACUUUCCUUUAUUUAUAGAUUUUCUUAUAUUCCCAAAUAUAUUUGAACUCAAUUAUUUUUCUCAGGAUUGAAUUAAUUUUAUUUCCUAUGACCUUAAAGAUCCUUUAAAUUUCUUAGUAUAUGAUCCUCUGAUCUUUCUGAGGUGAAAGAAAACAUUUUUCAUAUAAUUUGGGAUCCAAACUAUUAUCUUGAAUUUUAGAUAAUUCAUAAUAUGGCUUCUUUUUACAAAAGAAUUAGUGUCAUUAUUACCAUGCUUCUCAUUUAAAUGACUUUUUAAAGAAAAAUUACUGAUAAUUUAUCAUUUGAACCACCCUGGGGCUAACUGUAUUUUAAAUUUUAAACUCUUCAGAAAGUAUUUUAUAAAUUUAGUUAUCCUAAAAUUAGUAUUUAUUGGUAACUAGCAAAAAACACAAAAAGGAUGGAAAAAAAAACAAUUUAUUUCUAAGCACUGAUAUAUUUUGUUUCCAUUAAAGAAAGUUCAUAAUUCAGUUUUGCAAAGUUUAAUACAUAUUGUUACAAGGUUUUAAAAAUAACUUUUCCAUGUUUUGCAAAAAGAGACAUUCCAUUGUUCACUAUAUUGACUGUUAAUUUAUAAUUACUUAACAUGAUUGUUUUAUUUUAGAGACUUUGGUCCUAGAAAUUGUGAUAUGAGAGGAAAAUAAGGAUACAGGAAGAAGCAAAACUUAUCAUAAGCCACCAGAGAAAAAUAGUUUAGAUCUCCAAAAACAAUCUUCCUUGGUUGUACACUUCCUGCAAUUAUCUCCUUCCGCUAGUUACUGCUGUCAUGAAUUCAUUAAUUUUGUGUGUAAUAGUCUUUAGAAGAAUUUUCUUUUAAAAUAGUGAACAUUCUCAAACAAAAGCCUCCUGAAUUUCAAGAAUGAUGUAAUCUUUUAUGUUACACUGUAUUUAAAAGUUUGAAAAAAACCAGUCCAUUAAUUUUUCUAAACAUUUUACUAACAUAAAAAAGAAUUACUUUUUAGUUGUAUAUUAAAACAAAAUAAAAUUGAUUUGAGUUUGUAA